CUUCCAUAUUUUCUUUUGUUAGUACUAAUUUCUUCCUACAUGAAUACCGAAAAACACAAGUACUACUUCACUUUGAUUAUAAGUCUGAUUAUAAUUAAUUAUUACUAUUAAUUUUUCUUUUUGAAGGAAUUAGUAAUUGUUAUUUCAUGCACUGUGUGUGGGUAAGGGGGUUUUCUUUUCCAACUUUCCUUCAUUUUUUCGUCUCUUUUCUAGAAAAACCAACCAGGAAAAUAGCUCUCUCUCUCUCUCUCUCCAUCUUUGUUAUGGCCGCCUGAACUUUCCCUCUCCGUUCCCCCCCUCCGCCUCCCAACCCCCAAAGCCCACAAAUCACACACAACACGAGAUUUGAUGAUUUUCCUUUUGUCUUCUUAUACUAUUCCCGCAUCAUAAAUUAGACGUUUAUGAUAAAGUUUAAAAGGGAGGCUUAAGCUCAAAUCUCGUGGAAUCCGGCUUUAUAUUUGUUCGUCGGCGCGCCCGAGGGGAAAAAGUUGCGAUCUUGUUCGUGAAUUCCGGGAAUCACUUCGAAGCUUGUAGUAUUUUCUGGAGCUCUAAUCUGUUUGUAUCGACAUAUCAGGAAAGGGUUUUGAUAGAGACAUGGAGAGAGGUGAAGAAUCAGGUAGUCCUAGUUGGAGCUCAUCAUUCUAUAUGCCAACAACUGAGGAUGUUGCUAGAGCUGUUGCAGCAGCAGCAGCAGCUGUUCGUUCUCCACGGCCUUCUGUGGUGUAUUCAUCAAAAGAUGAUAGUGGUGGCCAGCUUAAAAAACUUCAGCAUCAGGUCUCAAGAUUAUUGAAAGGACUAUCCAGUCCUCCCGAAGUUAAAAGCGGAGCGUAUAACCCAGAAAUACUAACUAGUCAAAAGCGUCAGUGGGCUAACUUUCAAUUGCAAAUGCUGGAUCACAAAGUAUGGAAGGAGCCAUCGAAGCUUUUUGAGAGCAUGGUGGUUGUUGGACUUCCUCCUAAUUCUGAUGUUCAAGCACUCCAAAAUCUGUACUUUGCUAGAAAAUUUGAAGGUUCAGGGAGAUUGCGAAGUGCACUCGGUGGUCAGAAUCAGUGCCGUAUAGAACCUAACCUUGAGCCUCAGGUCUUGUUUGUUUAUCCUCCAGAAAAGCAACUGCCACUAAAGUACAAGGAUCUCCUUUCUUUCUGCUUUCCAAAUGGAGUAGAGGUGAAUGCCGUUGAGAGAACUCCAUCAAUGAGUGAAUUGAAUGAGAUACUUCUCGGACAGGAGCAUCUCAAACAGAGUGAUUUGUCAUUUGUCUUCCGGCUGCAGGUUGCUGAUUCUUCAACUCUUUAUGGUUGCUGUGUUUUGGUUGAAGAAAUGAUACAAAAGCCCUCAGGAUUGAUCUCCACUAUCUCUGAUGGGCAACCUGCCUGUUCAAGUCGGAGCCGCUAUAUUUUGACCACACGUCGUUGUUACUGCAUUCUUUCCAGGCUUCCAUUUUUUGAGCUGCAUUUUGGCGUGUUGAAUAGCAUCUUUACUGAAGAGAGGUUGGAACGAUUAACAAAGCAGAUAAAUGGAUUGGAUUUCGACUCACCUGUGGGCUGCGAUAUGGUUGAAACAUUCGAAGAGAAAGCCGAAAGUUUCCUGGCCGAUGGAUCACCCAACACACAAAAUGGGGCAGUUGAAGCUUCUGAGUCAAGCGGUUCUAUCUCAGGAAGCAUAAUUAACGAUAUAUCUCAGUUUGAACUUCAUAAUCUAGACCAAGACAAUUAUUUGAAGAAAGAACCUAAUGGCACUGUUGUCCCUGUUGAUCCCGAGAUAGAGAAACUAGCUUCUUGGGAAGAACCUGCAGUUGAAGUUGAUUCAUGUAUUACUGACAAUCUUAGUGCCAAGCAGUCAUUAGAAAGGCGUUUACCAAAUGCUGUAAUACCAUUCAUGCGGUACCAACAAUGUGAAAGUUCUGAGUCAUCUUCCAGUUUCGCAUCACCAUGUGAAGAUAGGAAUUUUAGAUGUGAUUUUGACGAGGCAGAAACAGAAGAGGCAAGUUCAUCUGGUCGAGAUAUCUUCAGUGAACAAAGUGUCCUUGAGUGGGCAAAGGCAAACGACCAUGGAUCCUUGCAAAUAAUUUGUGAAUAUUACCAACUAUCUUGCCCUGCUCGUGGUUCAACAAUAACCUUCCACCCUCUAGAUCACCUUCAACCUCUAGAAUAUCAUAGACCCGACGAAACAGUUCUACCCAUUGCAGGUUCAACAAUCGACUUGAGAUCUUGCAAUACAAGUUUGGAGUUUGCUGAGGCCCACGGCGAACUUGUGGUGGAAGAGGAGGCAGCUGCUUUAUCAGUUUGGGCUAUCGCCUGCCUAUGUGGUACCCUAAGAUUGGAGCAUGUGUUGACAAUAUUUGCAGGAGCCCUACUGGAGAAACAGAUUGUCAUUGUCUGUUCAAAUUUGGGUAUUUUAUCUGCUUUAGUUCUAUCAAUUAUCCCCCUGAUUCGACCUUAUCAGUGGCAGAGCUUGUUAAUGCCGAUACUUCCAAAUGACAUGCUGGACUUUCUGGAUGCGCCUGUCCCAUACAUAGUAGGUGUAAAGAACAAAACGGAGCUGCAGGCGAAGUUAACAAAUGCGAUUCUGGUGGAUGCAAAUAGAAAUCAGGUGAAAUCACCAUCACUACCACAGCUACCUCAACAGAGAGAGUUGUACUCACUCCUGAGUCCUUACCAUGCGAAAUUGGUGGGAGAAAGUUACUUGGGGAAGAAAAGGCCAGUCUAUGAAUGUACUGAUGUGCAGAUCGAAGCUGCCAAAGGCUUUCUGGAAGUGCUGCGGUCUUACUUGGACUCUCUCUGUUCUAACCUUCGUUCUCACACAAUCACUAAUGUUCAAUCAAACGAUGAUAAGGUAUCAUUGUUGUUAAAAGAGAGUUUCAUCGAGUCAUUCCCCAGUCGGAAUCGCCCUUUCAUGAAGGUCGGUACUCAGCACUAUAAUGUUUACUUCAAGUGCAUCAUUUUUUAUUUCGAUACGCUGUUCAUGGCAUCCCAUCUGUACGUGAUUUUGCGUAUAUAAAAGCUCGACGUUAUGCCUAAGAUUUUCAUUCUUAUAUGUUGGACAAACAGCUUUUCUUGGACACGCAGCUCUUCUCUGUACAUACAGAUUUUAUACUCUCUUUCAUCCAGAAGGAAUAGUGUAAAGUAACCCGCGCCCGGUGCUGACUGGAAACCCAUGGAUGAAUCGGAACUCGAGUCUUGGAACGCAAGUUCCGUGGCAUACGAAUAUUUCGAGUCUCCUUCAAUUUAUCGCAUAAAUUUUGACUCCCUUAUAGAAGAAGAUGGUGACUUAUUUAACCGACGGUCUCCCUUAUUACAGUUAGGAGAGAAGUUAGGUUCGAGAGAACUGUUGUGUAUUUGCCUUAAAAAAAUGCCAUGGAAGUGGAAAAAACAUUAUGAAUGUAUAAUUUGGUAGAUGUUAAAACAUCUUGUAUUUUAUUAGUGAAGUUUUGAGCCAUUUUUGAACC